AUGCCUUCUCAGAUCGCGUCCUGCUUUCGCCUGGCGCGGCAAUUUAGCGCAAAUCCAAACAAGCACCAGCAAUUCCUUGCUCGCGCGUUUUCUAGCUCCGUGCGACGAAAUGAGAUCAACAAGGUCUUCCCGUCUGCCGCCGAGGCAAUCAAAGACAUGAAGUCGAACUCGACUGUCCUCGCCGGCGGCUUCGGCCUCUGCGGCGUGCCAGACACGCUCAUCAACGCGGUUCGCGCGAACCCGCAAAUCACAGGCUUGACUGCUGUCAGCAACAAUGCCGGUGUGGACGGCUCGGGUCUGGGCCUGCUCCUUGCGAGCAAGCAGAUCAAGAAGAUGAUUGCCAGCUAUGUUGGCGAAAAUAAGACCUUUGAGCGCAUGUACCUGGGAGGCGAGAUUGAGCUUGAGCUGACCCCGCAGGGUACGCUUGCUGAGCGAUGCCGUUCUGGCGGUGCGGGAAUUCCUGCCUUUUAUACGCCUGCUGCCUUUGGUACUGUUGUUCAGACCGGUGAGCUGCCUCUGAAGCACAACGCCGACGGGACUGUCGCCUUGUAUGGAGAUGCGCGGGACGUCAAAGUGUUUGACGGGAAGAGCUACGUUAUGGAGCAUGCUAUCAAGGGAGACUACGCCUUUGUCAAAGCCUGGAAGGCAGACAAGCUGGGCAACUGCCAGUUCCGGUUCGCCGCAGCAAACUUCAACGGCGCAAUGGGCCGCAACGCCAAAAUGACCAUUGUCGAGGCCGAAAACAUUGUCGAGGUUGGCGAGAUUGACCCGGCUGCUGUGCAUCUGCCUGGAAUCUACGUCAAGCGCGUGAUUCGGGGUACCGAGGACAAGAAGAUUGAAAAGUAUACCUUUGCCAAGGACGAGGGCGACGACAUGUCUGCUCUCGGCCAGGGCGAAACGGCCAACAAACGCGAGCGCAUCGUGCGACGUGCUGCCAAAGAGUUCAAAAAUGGCAUGUAUGCCAACUUGGGUAUUGGCAUGCCCAUGCUCGCUCCCAACUUUGUCGACCCGUCGGUAGAGGUCAUGUUACAGUCUGAGAACGGUAUUCUCGGACUGGGUCCGUAUCCUCGAAAGGGCUCUGAGGACCCGGACCUCAUCAAUGCCGGAAAGGAGACUGUUACUCUGAACCCGGGCGCGGCAGUUUUUGGAAGUGACGAGUCAUUUGGUAUGAUUCGCUCCGGUCGUAUUGAUUUGACCAUUCUCGGAGCUAUGCAAGUCAGUGCUCGAGGAGACCUUGCCAACUGGAUGCUUCCAGGCAAGAUCAAGGGCUUUGGCGGCGCCAUGGACCUUGUCUCUAACCCUUCAGCCACAAAGGUCGUGGUCACAAUGGAACACACGGACAAGAAAGGCAACCCGAAGAUUCUCAAACAAUGCGAGUUCCCACUGACCGGCAGAGCUUGUGUCAGCCGCAUCAUCACGGAACUAGCUGUCUUUGACGUCGACUUUACCAAGGGGCUGACGUUGGUUGAGAUUGCCGAUGGGGUCACGGUGGACGAGGUCAAGGCGAAGACAGAGGCUCCCUUCCAGGUUGCUGAUGAUCUGAAGAAAAUGCUGUGA